GCAGUAAUAAAGUUAGUGGACUAUAGUGUACAAAUGGGAGUGGAGGGACAAAUUCAUGUCACGUGACACAAGCGACAUUUAAGUUGUUGAAUGGUAGUAGAGGUAAUAUGACGUCAUGUAUUUCUCGAGAGUCGAAAGGGAAAGGAAUUUGAGGAGAGAAUUCUCCUGGCAACAGUGGCGGCAAGCGGUAAGACAGUUGGCAAAGAUGGAAACAUGGCGGGGGUACUCACUAAUUGUGGUGUAUCCCGAAAUGAUUGUCUAGUUUCUCUUUUGGUUAUAGGGCCAGCAGAAUUAUGUCACAAAGUUUCUGAAGGAUUACAUGAAAGUGCAAAAGAAAGGAAGUGGCGUAUUGUUGUACAUCAGUGUGAACUUGUUGCUAAAAUCAUAGAAUCGAGCUUAAGUCUUGGUAUAGAUUUCAUUAUUUUUGUUUUUGACUGGAGAACUACUCAAUCUUUAUCUGAAGUAGAAACAAAUAUAAGUCUCAUAGAUGAACAUUAUAUCAUUUCUGGAGCUGUAUGCCUUGUAAAUUGUAGAGGAAUUUCAAAUAUUAUGGGAUUGACUUCCCACAAAUCAGCAAAAAUACGAGAGAAAUACAAUAUUCGAUUUUUAUCUGCUAAUGUUUUUAAACCACAAAUUUGUGUUCAAUUAAGUAAUAGAAUACUGAAUUUAGUGGAAGCUAUAUUGGGCAUAACAAGUGGAAUUCCUACUACUGGUCUACUGAUAUAAAACUUUUCAAGAAGACAGUGAAAAUGAUAGUGAUGAAACUGAAUGUAGUAUUGGCAGCAAUUCAACUGCUGGUACCCAUCGCAGUGAUACACCUACCCGCAGUGCUCGUUAUAGAAGAAAGGGUCGGCGUAGAAGUAAAACAGCAAAA